CUCUUUCUGUUCUUCUCUCGCUGUCCUUCAAAGAGAGAAACUUCCUCCGCAGGGGGCCGUGGAGACGUGGGCUGACAAUAAGGCUUUGUCACCCGAGGCACCACUUCUCUGAAAUCUGAAGGGAACGAGGAAAGCCACUCUACUGCCAGCCACAGGUCUAAGCUCCCGCUCCGGGGAUGGAGAGACUCAGGGUGUGCGCGGAGAUUCUGCGCUCCAAAGAGGUGCCAGUCCCCAGAAGCCGAUUGGUGGAGGAUGUGAGAUCAGCUGAAGUUGAUCCAGCUCUCCAAAGCAGGAACUUUUCUUUUAUCAGAAACAGAGGGUCUGCUGUUUCUUCCUUUCCGGAAGCUUCGUUUCAGAUCACAGGAGCAAAAAGAGAGAACUAUGCUCUUCCUCCAGUAAUGGAGCAGCGCCUGAGGGGCAGAAAGAUGGAACACAGACCCUGUCACCAUGAUGACAUGGAAGAGGACGACUACCACGGUGUGGAUGACCAGGAGGAGACCCACCCCGUCCGAAUCCUGCCACCAAAGCCAUUGAUGUCUGAUGCAGCCUAUGCUGACAGGCUCAUUUGUAGGUCCUCACUUCCAGAGUUGCCUGCUUCCCCUUUGAAUAUGAGCCAAAACAUCCCUCCCAGACUCCCAAAAAGAAACAUCCAAGGACCAUCAGUGGACAGGAGCCUGAAGCCAGGAAAAAAACAGAACUCUCAGACCAGUGGUGAGACAAAACAUCUGGGGGACACUGGGAUUCAGGACAUACAACCCCCAAGACUCCCUAAACGAGUCGUCAAGGAGCUGAGGGCUCCAUCUCCUGUCUCAGUAUCCCCCAAAGCCAGGAGGGCCACACACGCUGACAGACGCCCAAAAACAGAGACUGGGCACCAUCAAACUGUAAUGAGUAGAAGUCCUGUGAACGCAGGCAUGAGAAGAGAAGCACGACCAAUGCAAACCACUUUCUCUCAAGAUCUUGAAUUCUGCAGGGAGUCAUGGUCAGCAGGAAGCAAAUUGCCUGCGGCAGGCACGCCGAGUGUGAUGGCGAGUCGGCACCACGAAUGGCCGCCGACCAGGGGAGACAUGAAAACAUACGGACAUCACGCCAAACCCAGGCCCGCCCAGACAUCCAGUGAUCAGAGCUGGUACAUUGGCGCAUGUGAGAGAGCAAACGCUGAGCAUGCAUUGCACCUAAUGAACACGGAUGGGGCAUUUUUAGUGCGAGAUCACUCCAAGAGCUCUGCGGAGGAACCCUUUGUUCUAUCACUGCUUUCUCAGAGGAGAGUUUUCAACAUCAAAAUUCGUUUUAUAAAGAGCGCUCGCAAGUACGCCCUUGGAACUGGAUUACGGACAAAUGAUCUGACAGUGGUAGACAACUCUGUAGAAUAUGAACUCUACCAAACAUCUACUGUUAGAAGAAUAAUUAUAUUUACAUGUUUGAUUCUGUAGAUGCAAUCAUCAAGUUCCACAUGAUAUUUCCAAUUGUCCUGAUCGAUGGAAAGGACCAGUCAUUGCAAAGGAAAUGCACACUCACGUGCCCGCUCACGAAGGAUGAAGUUGAUAAAAUAUUAGGUCAGUGACAUGAGAGAAAUGUAUGCAGCUUACAAUUUGCUUAAUUCAAACAGAGCUUAUAAAUCAUGUGCUAUUUAUGUUGGUUAAUAAAUGUAUCAAAUGUG